AUGUCGUUGAAUCUUCUCACCAUUUUAUCCUCACUUUGCUCUGUUUUCGCUAACGAGACAGUGAUGGAUACAAGGACAGCGACAGCUGAGCUUGGCUGGAUAUCGUUCCCUGCCAACGGAUGGGAGGAGGUGAGUGGCUAUGAUGAGAACCUCAACACCAUCAGGACGUACCAGGUGUGCAACGUGUUUGAGCCCAGUCAGAACAACUGGCUCCUCACCACUUACAUCGACAGGCGGGCGGCUCAGCGUAUCUACGUGGAGAUCCGCUUCACUGUACGCGACUGUGCCUCCAUUCCCAGUGUCCUGGGCUCCUGCAAAGAGACGUUCAACCUUUACUACCUGGAGACUGACAGGACCGUGUCAGAGGGCAUCAAAGGGGUGGAGUACUGGGCAAAUGCUCCCUUCCUUAAGGUUGACACCAUCGCAGCAGAUGAGAGUUUCUCCCAGGUUGAUUUCGGGGGAAGGCUGAUGAAGGUGAACACAGAAGUUCGGAGUUUUGGGCCGCUGUCCAAAGGCAGAGGGUUCCACUUGGCCUUUCAGGAUCUGGGCGCUUGCAUGUCCCUUCUGGCUGUCAGGGUAUUCUACAAAAAAUGCCCCAGCGUUGUGCAGAACUUUGCGUUUUUCCCAGAGACACUGACUGGAGCAGAGUCCACCUCAUUAGUCAUCGCCAGAGGAAGUUGUAUCCCCAAUGCUGAGGAAGUGGACGUGCCCAUAAAGCUCUACUGUAACGGAGACGGAGAGUGGAUGGUACCCAUCGGCAGCUGCAGCUGCAAGGCGGGUUAUGAACCAGACAAUGGCAACGUGUGUCGAGCUUGUCCUCAAGGCACCUUUAAAUCCUCUCAGGGGGCAGGAUUAUGUCAGCAAUGUCCCCUCAACAGCCGAUCCACCAUCGAGGCCGCCACCCUCUGCGGUUGUCGGAAUGGCUAUUACCGUGGUGACAUGGACAAACCGGAGGACGUGUGCACCAGUGUCCCUUCAGCUCCUCGCAACUUGGUGUCACUCGUAAACCAGACAUCAUUGCUGCUUGAGUGGCACUCUCCACGCGACACUGGGCACCGUGACGACCUCUCCUAUAAUGUCUUAUGUCAUCGGUGCCACAGCAGUGAGCGACGGGCAUGUCAACCCUGUGACGACAGUGUGGUGUAUGUUCCUGGGAAACGGGGGUUAAAGGAAACAAGAGUGGAGAUCAGCAAGCUGCGGGCCCACACAUCCUACACCUUCGAAAUACAGGCAAUCAACGGAGUCUCCAACAAGAGCCCUUAUCCCGCCCAGCAACUGUCAAUCAACAUUACAACCAAUCAGGCUGCUCCCUCAGUAGUUCCCAUAAUGCACCAAGUGAGCUCAACGAGCCGCAGUUUCUCGUUGUCAUGGCCACAACCCGAGCAACCCAACGGAAUUAUCCUCGACUAUGAGAUACGAUACUAUGACAAGUUUCAGUCAUCAAUGCUGAACAGUUCAAUGGUCCAGAGCGAGACGCCCAGUGUGGUCCUGGAGGGGCUGAGGCCGGGGACUGGCUAUGUGGUCCAGGUGAGGGCCCGCACUGUGGCCGGCUAUGGAGCCUACAGCAAGGAGAUGCUCUUCCAAACACUCACCGAUGAUGAGUAUAAGUCAGAGCUGGGGCAGCAGCUUUCCCUGAUUGCAGGCUCUUUAGUAGGAGGAGUGUGUAUUGUCUCGUUGGUAGCUAUCGCCAUCAUCUGUACCAGGAGAAGGCAGUUGAAGGAGAGUGUGUACGGUGACAAGCUGCAGCAGUACAACGCAGGCGGAGAGGUGACUCUGAGGCCUGACAUGUUUAGUGGUUCCACCCCAACCGUGACCUUUCCCACCCUGUCCGAGGGUCACAAUUCCCCGGGGGUCAAGAUCUACAUCGACCCCUUCACCUACGAGGACCCCAAUGAGGCUGUGCGGGAGUUUGCCAAGGAAAUCGACCCCUCUUGUGUGAAAAUAGAGGAAGUCAUCGGAUCAGGUGAGUUUGGGGAAGUGUACAAGGGCCGUCUGAAGCCUGUGGGGAAGAAGGAAAUUCCUGUGGCCAUCAAGACCCUGAAGGUGGGCUACUCUGAGAGACAGAGGAGGGACUUCCUGUCUGAGGCGUCAAUCAUGGGCCAGUUUGACCAACCAAAUAUCAUCAGGCUGGAGGGCGUGGUCACCAAGAGCAGACCCACAAUGAUCAUCACGGAGUUCAUGGAGAACGGAGCUCUUGACUCAUUUCUCAGGCAGAAUGAUGGGCAGUUCCCAGUGAUCCAGCUGGUUGGUAUGCUGAGGGGCAUCGCGUCUGGAAUGAGGUACCUGGCGGAGAUGAGUUAUGUUCACAGAGACCUGGCAGCUCGGAACAUCCUGGUUAACAGUAAUUUGGUGUGUAAGGUGUCUGACUUUGGCUUAUCACGAUAUCUGGAGGAGGACACCUCUGACCCGACCUACACCAGCUCACUGGGUGGUAAAAUCCCAGUGCGGUGGACAGCUCCGGAGGCGAUUGCCUACAGGAAGUUCACGUCAGCUUCAGAUGUUUGGAGUUAUGGGAUCGUCACCUGGGAGGUGAUGUCAUACGGAGAGAGGCCUUACUGGGACAUGAGCAAUCAAGACGUGAUAAAUGCCAUUGAGCAGGAUUUCCGGCUGCCAGCUCCCAUGGACUGUCCUGUAGUGCUGCACCAGUUAAUGCUGGACUGCUGGCAGAAAGACAGGAACGCACGGCCAAAAUUCCCCGAUAUUGUCAGCAUGUUGGACAAAAUGAUACGCAACCCUGCAUCUCUGAAAGCCGGCACCAACAAUGUCGCCCCUGGACCUUCCCAUCACCCCUUGUUAGAUCGUGGAGCUCCAGACCUCAGUAGGCUGAGUUCUGUGGAAGACUGGCUGGCUGCGCUAAAGAUGACCCAGUAUCGAGACUCCUUCCUGGGCUCGGGUUUCACCUCCUUGCCGCUCGUCACACAAAUCACUGCCGAAGAUCUACAAAGGAUUGGAGUGUCUUUAGCCGGACACCAGAAGAAAAUCCUUACCAGUGUUCAGUCAAUGAGCCACCACACUGAUGACCAGUCUCCUACUGAAUCUGUGUAA